AUGACUUUAAGUAAUUCUUUGAUGAACAUACAUGUCAAGUGCUGGCAGAUAGAUCUUGCUCACUUGCUGUUUGAUGGUAUGCCUGAGAAGGAUUUGAUUUCUUGGAAUGUUAUGAUUUUUGGGUGUGCAAAGAAUGGGCAUGUGGAAGAGGGUUUGCCGUUGCUAUGUGAGAUGAAGGCAAGGAAUAUAAGAGUCAAUGAAGCAACAUUUCUUAGCAUAAUAUCUACUUAUGAGCAGCAAGAUUUAGCACUCGAGAUUCAUGGUCACAUGUGGGAGAUGGGUUUUGAAUCGCAUGUUUUCAUUUGCAAUGCUUUCAUUGAUACAUAUUCAAGAAUUGGAAAUGUCGAUCUGGGCAGAAUAAUUUUUGAUGAAAUGCCGAAACGAGACAUUAUCACUCAAAAUUCCAUGAUCUAG